AUGGUGUUGGGACGCUGCUUGAGCAAAUUCAUACUACACCUCCUCCUCUUUUUCGUCCUCAAUCAUCUCUGCACUUCAGCAGUUCUGUCGCCGAGACGUAAGGAGGCAGAGGAUAAGGAGGACAUCUCUCCUGCUUUUUGGGAGCGUCUAGCUAGAGAAAGGCUUAAGAGGAGCAACAAGAUUUUCUCUUCACCUCAUACACCUGCAAAGAAUGUUAUUCUCUUUUUGGGUGAUGGAAUGGGUAUGCCGACAAUUUCAGCAGGUCGCUUUUUCAAAGUUGAGGUGGAGGAUAGGUGGGACGAGGCAAAUCCAAUUCUGGCUUUUGAGAAUUGGCCUUUCCACACAAUGUGCCGAACAUAUGAUUUGCGGACUACCGUAACAGAUUCAGCAAGCUCGGCUACUGCUUAUCUCGGUGGCACCAAAACCAACACCGGAGUCAUUGGUUUGACGGGCGCAGUAAGUCCCAAGUCCUGUCGCAAGCAUAAAGUUGGGGAGCGAGUGGAAUCCGUCCUGGAGGCGGCAGUGGAGGCUGGCAUGGCAACGGGAAUUGUCACCACCUCACGCGUCACUCACGCCUCCCCUGCUGGGGCUUUUGCUCACACGGCUUCGCGCCAUUGGGAGUCUGACAGGCAGCUGAUGAAAGACUGUCCUGGCGUCCCAGAACUACCUAUGGAUAUCGCCCAACAGUUGGUGGAAGGGAAUCCAAGCAUCAAUGUGGUGUUAGGCGGCGGUUCCCGCGCUUUCUUUCCCAGCGGAAGUCGGGGCGAUCGGUUGGAUGGCCGAAACCUUGCAAAUGAGUGGCUGGCCAGUCAGACAAGUAGAGGUCGCCGUGCUAAACUCAUCACUGAUGCGAGCCAAUUCCUACUAACCGACUUUUCUGAAGUGGACUAUCUUCUCGGUGAGUUGAGGAUCUUUGAAGUCUGCUGGAGAAUGGUGGCCGUUAUGGAAUGUUAUGAGCCACCUCAGGGCUGCCUCAGGACCCUAAACCAAUACAGUCAAACUGUUUUAGGCCUGCUGAACUCCUCCCAUUUGCCCUAUGACUCCGAGAGAAGGAAGAAUGAGCCAUCGUUGGCGAACCUUACCACUACUGCAAUAAGUAUUCUCUCUCGUCAGCCCAAGGGAUUUUUCCUCUUCGUUGAAGGCGCACGCAUCGAUCAUGCACAUCACAGCAACUUCGGCAAAAAGGCACUUUUGGAUUUACUGGCUUUUGAGAAUGCUAUUCAGACCGCCAUACAAAUGGUCAAUCUUGAAGAAACAUUGGUGAUAGUCACAGCGGAUCAUUCACAUUCAUUCAUGCUGGUUGGUGGUCGACCAGAUCGCAGACGAAGCCUCCUUACUGAGAAUAUUGAACUCGCUAAAUACAUCCUUGAUGGAAAAGGCAUGCUUCCGCUGAUGUACUCCAGUGGACCGGCUGGUGCGGUGAAUACCACCCGCCUAAACCUAACUUCCCUCUCCAACACCACCUUGCACGACAUUCGAUUCCAACAACCAGCUUUUAUUCCAUUGCCCUGGGCAACUCACGGAGGUGAGGACGUGGGUAUUUACGCGACGGGCACUUUUAGCUUCCUCUUUCACUCCACUGUGGACAACACUUUUGUUGGACAGGCCAUGAAGUAUGCUUUGUGUCUUCGGCCCUUCGAAAUGGAGCCCCACUGUUUAGCCUGUUGGCUUGCUCCCAGUUUGUUUACAUUAACUGUUGCACUCCUGCUUUCCCAGGCUGUGUCUUUUCAAGGUUGCUAG